AUGGCGAACUUCCUAGCCUCCAUCUUCGGCACGGAGCAAGACAAGGUCAACUGCUCAUUCUACUACAAGAUCGGCGCCUGCCGCCACGGCGACCGCUGCUCGCGGAAACACGUCAAGCCCUCGUACUCGCAGACGAUCCUCAUGCCCAACCUCUACCAGAACCCGGCCUUCGACGCCAAGAACCGCAUGAACCCGUCGCAGCUGCAGAACCACUUCGACGCCUUCUACGAGGACGUCUGGUGCGAGAUGUGCAAGUACGGCGAGCUCGAGGAGCUCGUCGUCUGCGACAACAACAACGACCACCUCAUCGGCAACGUCUACGCGCGCUUCAAGUACGAGGACUCGGCCCAGAAGGCCUGCGACGACCUCAACUCGCGCUGGUACGCCGCCCGCCCCGUCUACUGCGAGCUCAGCCCCGUCACCGACUUCCGCGAGGCCUGCUGCCGCCUCAACUCCGGCGAGGGCUGCGUCCGCGGCGGGUUCUGCAACUUCAUCCACCGCAAGAACCCGAGCGAGGAGCUCGACCGCGAGCUCACGCUGAGCACCAAGAAGUGGCUCAAGAUGCGCGGCAAGGACGAGCGGAGCCCGAGCAGGUCGCCCACGCCCGAGCCGACGAGGAGGCGGUAUUAG